AGCGUACGUUCGUCACGAUCAACAUGCCCCGAGCAAAUCCCAGACCCAAAGUUUACAACGUCCCGCAUCUGCCGUAUGCGAUUACGAACGGCCCCAUGGCACCAAGCAAGCGCUUUCCGCUCAUUUCGAAGGACAAGCCGAGAGCGAUGCGCAACCGCUUUGAACAGUACCUGUACGACAACUGUGAUACAGGGACUGGUCUUGAUCGUUACUAUAUGUCGGACGAGCAGAUAAACAAGCAGCUCCGAGAAUGGCGCAUCCCGAAAUCGCAGUGGUCCGAGUGGCGCCGUCGGUUCGAUGCAGAUAUGAGCAGGAUGAUAGACCGGAAUGGAGGAAAGAUUAGGCAGCGAGGUAGGAAACCCUUACCGGACGAAGAUCCUGCGAACGAGGACGUCCAAGUCGUCCAUAUUCCCGACACCGAUAGUCUCGUGAUCAGGUUCUGGAACGGCGGUUUGGAACAAGAGGGCCAGUGGUGCAUGGACGUCUACGACACCGCGUCACAGGACGCGGUGAACUCUUUCGAGCUCGGAUUCUCAUUCCAUGUCACUCCUGUGGCGGGGACACUGUCGGUUCUGUGCGCGGGGCGGCUCAGUAGCUGGGAGGCCAACGCGGGCAUUCCCCCGAAAGAGCUUUUACAGGGGGAGGAGCGGUUUAGCGUUGUUGGGGGCGCGCUGUGCACGCUGCGGCGGCCUGGCAAAGAGCCGUUCUUGUUUGAGGUGCCCCAGAGACGGCGCGUGUUGCCGGAGGGCAUGCAGGUUGCGCGCGCUGCUCCUCUCAGGGUUUGAUGUCUGGGACUAGUACUUAUUCACGAGUCUGAUGUUUAUGUAGCGCUCUUGAUCGAUGAUUGUGUUUGCCUGGUUCA